AUGCGUUUCGCCUCAUUCCUCCUUGCUAUCUGCUCCGGCGCAGCCCUCACUUCGGCUCAAGCUACCACUGAGUACGUCGACGACGCUGCUUUCCAGAAUGCGAUGCUGGGAACCACAAACUCGUUCCGCGCAAUGCACAACGCUUCAGCUCUUCAGUGGCACCCCGAUCUGGUGAACUACGCAUACCAAUAUAGCCAGAGAUGCAACUUUGCGCACAGUGGCGCUAUCUAUGGCGAAAACCUUGCCGCCGGAUACCAAAGUCCAACAGCUGCAGUCAAUGCAUGGGGUGCGGAACAAUCAAGCUAUGACUACAACGCAGGCCAGUUUAGUGCAGCAGCAGGUCACUUCACGCAACUCGUCUGGAAGUCUUCGACCUAUGUUGGUUGCGGUCGCACCUACUGCAACGCUGGCGGAGCUGGAGGAAAGGGAAAUGCACCCGGAUGGUACAUUGUGUGCGAGUACUACCCUCCGGGCAAUGUUCAGGGCCAGUUCAAGACGAAUGUGUAUGCGACCUCGUAG